AUGGCGACUGCGAUGAGUCUGGUCGAGGCUGGAUUCUGUCAAUGUCUAAAUGGUCUGUGCGCGUCCUGCGGAAAGUCCCAAGGAAUGACGCACUCUUCUUCGCUCUUCGCUUCAGCUACCAUGGACGCGCUCCUCGCUGCCAUCCUCUCGCAAACAUCGCCCAACCUUUCUCCAGCCGGCCUCGCGGCUGUCUGUCUGGCCAAUCGACGUCUUCAGCUCGCAACUGAGCCGCAUCUGUAUCGCAGCGUUGUGUUUGAUAUGGGCGACGCCAAACGGACCUCGCGGACGAUGUCUUUGCUGGCAACGUUAGCUGGGAGCGCAAAGCAUGCUGGAUUUGUCCGCAAGGUUUAUGCGGCCAAAUUCGCGGCAUCUAGCGAGUUCGUCUUCACAAAUAUUGACCUCGUCCUUAGUGCCAUCGAAAAAAUGGUCCGUCUCGAGGUCCUACAUUGUACCGACACCUGGGAAUUCAUGCUCUUCGUCAUCACCUCUGGCGUCCAUUUCCCUGGACUCCAUACCUGUGCCAUUCCGUAUAUCGGUCCCAGCUGCGGUACUUUUGUCGCCCGCCAUUCCAACUCUCUGCGCAAUUUGAGGAUCCACACAAGCGCAGCACAUCUCGCCUUGCGUGACACUGGCCAGCCCAUACUUCAAGAGCUCUCUCUUCCACGCCUUCAAACUUUUGUCGGCCCGCCAAUACUGGCAGAGCUCUGGCUGCGCCAAUCCCAUACACAGCUCUGCCAUGUCAUCCUCUCCUGCGACCGCUCAAUUGGUCCUCACGUGCCAACAAAACCAGCGCUGCGCUUACUCGAGACCGCCCGAUUGGAGUCAUGCAGCGUCUUCGUCAGCAGCCUCAACACCAGCUUCUUGCCCGCGCUCGCGGCGCACAUGCCCAAGGUCCAAUUUGUAACCUUUUUACUCGAUAAGACUCCGAUUGCGGAGCCCGACUAUGAUCGCUUCCUGUCUUCUGUGCCCGACUCUCUCCCUGCCCUGCACCGCUUGACGUCGCUCGACAUCUGCAUGUUUCUCACUUCUUACCCUACCAAGGACACCCCGCUUGCAUCGCUCAAGCUGCGCAUCCUCGGCGAACUAGCUGUCGUCCGUCGUUGGGGCCAACUGUGUCCGUUGCUCGAUCACGUUCGUUUGCGCAGCGGCUGGGACUGGGUGCGGGUGCUUCCCGACCGCGGGAUGUGGGGGCUCCCCAGUGGGCUCGGAUACGACCACCGCUGUGGAGGAAUGAAUGUUGCAGAGGUCAACGAUCUGCUCUUGGUGGACAAGCAGCAAGCUGCGGCGAUCUCCCAGCUGCGUAAACGCGGGCCCGGCGCAUUUGAGGCCGCGUUGGCAGACAUGCAGCGGCGCAUCGCAAACGUGGAGCGCAUGCGUGCGAGACUGAAUGCGUUGCUUAAGUCCUCUGUGUAG